CGGGCGGAUAGAGUCUCACUCCAGGCUGGCAGUAACACAAUUUGAAAAGGUUCACGGAGGGAAACCGACAGAUCCAAAACAAGGAAUAUCUGUGUUUCUAUUGAUUGCAAAGUACAUGUAUGGUCGUGUAAUGUCGAAUAAGCCCGAUUUAACUAGUUUGAGCUGUAUGCCGUCAGUUCCUGUGUGCGCUGUGUGGAUGGUAUAACGUCUCCACGGUAGCGUAUAGCGGAUAGGUAAACAAGUUUCUGAUUCUCCUACGUGCAUCAACCAGGCGUCUCUGCAACCCAGCCGUACACCUGGGCGGUGUGUAUCUCCCAGAGCAGCACAACGCAUUGAAGGCCAGACCCCAAACGUGUCCCUCACUUUCCCUGGUCCUCGCGGUCCGUCUUUCCUCAGAGCGGAGCAGCAGCGGAGCUUCGUCCUGUCAGCCCAUCUGUGAGCGUCGCGUCGGCCAACUGCCUUUGGCAAGCGGUACAUCAUCUCCCUUCGAUUCCAACAGUGUGGGCGUAUCGUCUGUCCGCUUCUUGAAGGAUAGCCCCCCCCCCCUUACUAAGGGAGGGUUUCGGUGGAACGGCUUUUUGUUUUUUAGUUUUUUGAGAGAAACCAUGCUUUCUGUCCUUAGUUUUUGAUCAACUAAUCAACCAGCCAUGAUUCACAACUGUGCACACACUAGUCCCACCUAAUCAACCGCUAUAAUCGACACUUGCCUCCCGUCACACUUGGUGAGAGCGCUUUAUCUCAGCCAAGCCUAACCAGCCUCGCCCUACAAGAUUAUGAGUUAUGACAACUCAAGCUCCGCCCCCGGCAGUGACCCUAGGGGUCGAGCGGGAAGCACCAACGAAGAAGACGAGGCGACGGGGGGAAGCUCCCCCGGGAACAACAGCCGCGGCAGCCGGUCGGGCACGUCGGACUCCACCAACCGGGAGCGGGGGUCGUCCCCGGCCGGAUCCGGCUCCGGCGGCUCCUCCGGCGGGGACCGGAGGGGCCCGACCUCGGACGACGGCGACGCCCUGUCCAGUGGGAACGACUCCGGGGGGAGGGAGGGCGGGUCCCGGGGGCGCCAGUCCCGGAGCUCCCACUGCUCGUCGAGCCAGAAGGACUCGGGCAUGAUGCUGGAGAACACCGAGAGCAACAAGAGCUCCAACUCCCAGUCGCAGAGUCCCUCUCCGCCCAGCAGCUCCCUGGCCUACAGCCUCCUGUCGGCCGGCUCCGAGCAGGACCCCCCCUCCACCUCUGGCUGCAGCAGCACCGAGCAGCACCGGACGGCCCGCGUCCAGACCCAGAAGGAGAUGCUGAAGGCCCUCAAGGAGCUGAAGAUCCGCUUGCCGGCAGAGCGCCGGGGAAAGUGUCGCUCCACGACUUUGGACGCCCUCAAGUACGCCCUGAACUGCGUGAAGCAGGUGCGGGCCAACCAGGAGUACUACCACCAGUGGAGCGUGGAGGAGUGCCACGGGUGUAGCCUGGACCUGUCGGCGUACACCACCGAAGAGCUGGACAACAUCACCUCCGAGUACACCCUGAAAAACACGGACACCUUCUCCAUGGCUGUGUCCUUCCUGACGGGCCAGGUGGUCUACGUCUCCCCCCAGGGCUCUGCCCUGCUCCGCUGCAAGCCUGAGAGGCUCCAGGGGGCCGUCUUCUCGGAGCUGCUGGCCCCCCAGGACGUGAGCACCUUCUACAGCGGCACGGCGCCCUGCCGGCUGCCCCCGUGGGCCAGUUAUGUGGGCUUCGGCUCCCCGCCGACCGACUGCACCCAGGAGAAGUCCAUGUUCUGCCGGAUCAGCGCCGACCGGGCUCAGGGGGGCGAGAUGAAGUACCACCCCUUCCGCGUGACCCCGUAUCAGCUGACCCUGAGGGACGUGGACGCGUCCGACCCGCAGCCCUGCUGCCUCCUGAUCGUCGAGCGCGUCCACUCUGGGUACGAGGCGCCCAGGAUACCCGCCGACAAGAGGAUCUUCACCACCAGCCACACCCCCAGCUGCCUCUUCCAGGAAGUGGACGAACGGGCCGUGCCGCUGCUGGGCCACCUGCCCCAAGACCUGGUGGGGACGCCCGUGCUCCUCUACCUCCACCCAGAGGACCGGCCUGUCAUGGUGGCCAUCCACAAGAAGAUCCUCCAGUUAGCGGGCCACCCCUUCGACAGCUCCCCCCUUCGGAUGUGCGCCCGCAGUGGGGAGUACGUGACCAUCGACACCAGCUGGUCCUCCUUCGUCAACCCCUGGAGCAGGAAGGUGGCCUUCAUCGUGGGCCGCCACAAGGUGCGAGCCAGCCCGCUCAACGAGGACGUGUUCACCCCGGCGCUCGGCUGCGAGGUCCGGCCCGUGACCCCGGAGGUCGUCCGGCUGAGCGAGCAGAUCCACCGACUCCUGGUGCAGCCGGUCCACGGCACUGGGUCUCAGGGCUACGGCAGCCUGGGCUCCAACGGCUCCCGGUCCCACGAGCAGCAGAACCUCAGCGCCGCCUCCUCCGCGUCCGACGGCCGGUCCACCAACGCCAUGGAGGCAAUGGAGGCCACAGUGGUCGCCCUGCACAAGCCGACGACGUUCCAGCAGAUGUGCAAGGACGUUCAUACGGUCAAGACCAGCGGGCAGCAGGUGUUCAUUGACUCCCGCAACAGGGCCCCGGCACGGCGCCACGCCGCCCCGCACGCUACGGGUGGGCCCGACCCCGUCGUCUGUCUGACCGUGGAGGGAGCGACCCCGACCAGAACCAUGGUGGUCGACGCCCAGCCGGCGGACGCCAAGGAGCCCCCCAGUGCCUACAGCUACCAACAGAUCAACUGCCUGGACAGCAUCAUACGAUACCUGGACGGAUUUAACGUUCCCAACACGGUCAAGCGGAAGCUGGGCUCCUCCUCCGGCACUUCCACAUCUGACGACGACAAACAGCCGCGGGAAACCUCCGGCAGUGCCAAAGGUUGUCCGGCCACGUCAGUCACCCUGGUGGGGGAGUCGUCCCCCCUGCCCCCCCUGGCUUUGCCCGGCCACAAGGCGGAGAGUGUAGCCUCGGUCACGUCGCAGUGCAGCUUCAGCAGCACCAUCGUUCACGUGGGAGACAAGAAGCCCCCUGAGUCAGACAUUGUCAUGGAAGAGGCCCCUCCCACGCCUGCCACUCCCAGUACCAUCAAGUCCCCUCCCGCCGGCAUCGCCCCGCCUCCUCCCCCACCCAAAGUGGGCUCCCCGCCCUGCCGCAGAGGAGGCAGUCUGACCAGAGCUCCGGGCCUGACCAAGGAAGUGCUGUCCGCUCACACGCAGCAGGAGGAACAGGCGUUCCUGUGUCGCUUCAGCGAUCUGAGCCAGCUGAGGGUGUUCGACCCGGCCUCGGCGCUCCGCAGCCCCCUCCCCGCCAACAGCCCCCUCCCUAGAGGGGCGCGUUGUUCUCGUGACUACCCAGCGGCUGGGGGCAGCAGUAGUCGUCGUCGUGGCCGCGGCGCCAAGCGGCUGAAACAGCAGGAGUCGGGCCAGAGGGGUCCCAUGGCGAUGGGCUUCGCCGGGCCGCUCGGUGGCCCUGACGUCAGCCCCAUGAACUCUGCCCCCACCUCCACCUACCCCCUCCCCAUGAUGUCCCUCGGGCCCCCCACCACCUCCUCCUCCUGGCCUCCCUCUGUGGGCUCCCAGGCCAGCCUGCCCUCCGUGCCCUACGCCCCCGGGGUGCUGCCCCUCUACCACCUCUACCCUCCCAUCCCCCAGGCCUUGGGAGUCCCCCCCCUCCAGAAUCACAUGGUUCCUCCCAUGAUGACCCUGCUGCUGCCCAACUACAUGUUCCCCCAGAUGGGCCCAGUGUUGGGGUCCCCCAUGCCCCAGCCGGGAGUCCCGUUACUGAACCCGGGCCCGCAGCCCUUCUUCAACCCCACCGUUGGGUUCCCCUUCCCCGCAGCCAACGCCGGGCCGUGCCCUAUGCCGGCCAUGCCCUCGCUGCCCUCGGCCACGCAGGCGCCUGCCCCGCGCCCCGGUUCCCGCUCCAGCACGCCCCAGUCGUGUAGUCCGGUGCCGGCGGACGGCGCUGAGUCGCCCCUCUUCCAGUCCCGCUGCUCCUCGCCCCUGAACCUGCUGCAGCUGGUGGAGGAGUCGCCCGGCGGCCGGCUGGAGGUCGCCACGGCGCUGGCCGCUCAACAGGCCACGCCCCCGGCACAGGGGCCUCAUGGGAGAUCGGUGGACAACUCCAAGGAGACGGAGAACGCCAACAAUUCCAACCAGGACGCCGAGUCCACAUCCAGCGACUUACUGGACCUGCUCAUGCAGGAGGACUCCCGGUCAGGCACCGGCUCUGCCGCCUCCGGCUCCGGGUCGUCGGGUUCCGGUUCUGGGUUGUCUGGCUCGGGAUCCAAUGGCUGCAGUUCGUCAGGCAGUGGGACUAGCCGCAGCCAGAGCAGCAACACCAGCAAGUACUUCGGCAGCGUCGAUUCGUCCGAGAACGACCGCUCCCGCCAGCAGCCAGCAGGGGGCGGCGAGGAGCAGUUCAUCAAGUGCGUCCUCCAGGACCCCAUCUGGCUCCUCAUGGCCAACACGGACGACAAGGUGAUGAUGACCUACCAGCUGCCCGGCAAGGACCUCGAGGCGGUGCUCAGGGACGACCGGGAGGCCCUGAGGGCCAUGCAGAAACACCAGCCGCGCUUCACCGAGGACCAGAAGAGGGAGCUGAGCCAGGUCCAUCCCUGGAUACGCACCGGCCGUUUGCCCAGAGCCAUCAACGUCUCGGCAUGUACGGGCUGCAAGUCUCCGCCCCCCGUCGCCCCGUUUGAUUUAGAGAUCCACGAGAUGGAGCUGUGCAGUGUGCUGGACACCUUGAAGGAGAAGGCCGCCUCACCUGAGACCUCCAUGGAGCAGGGAGGAGAGGCUCUGCGAGAGGAGGAGCUGGCCAAAACACAGGGCAACGACCAGGAAAUGACAACAGAGGAGCAGGAAGUGACCUCGCCAAAGGAGAGUGGGAAAGUGAGGGCCGCCGACACCGAAAUGACCCACUGAAGGACUGCGACAGAUCAAGAACACUAAGACAUUGUGGCUUUUUCUUCCACCUGACAGACAGCUAAAAAAUACACAGGAUGCGCUGUUGUCAGAUUAGCUGGGACGCCUGCUGUGUCGGCCAUCCCAAUUGGCUGGCGGUCAGGUCCCUCAGGACAAAAGGUCCGUCCUGAUUGGCUGGUGGUCAGGUCCCUCAGGACUCCAGGGCCAAUCCAGUCACUUGUAUUCCAUCACUGUUGUGACAUGGGUGGUUGCCAUGGUAGGAAAGCCUUGACAGGAAGCCAUGGAAAGAGACAUCUAUCGGUUUGAACGACCGUGGCAUUGAUGCAUUGAACGCCCCUCAGCGUAUCUUUUCUGUUUAUGUGUGUGUGGAGGCUCUGUGGCACAAUGGAUAAUGUGUUGGACUUCUAGAGAGGAUUUGUGAAGGUCUUCAAAGGUUGUGGGUUUGAGUCCCGUCAAAGUCUCCUGUUUGUGUAUUUAUUACAAAAAUGUAUUUAACGAGGAACACUACAAUUGAAGAUGGAGUGAUGUAGAGAUUCUUGUGAAUGUUUUACAAAAUGGCCACUUUAUUUAGGACAGGUGCGCUGCACCAAGUCUGCCUCCAUUUUGGGUCGGGAUGGUUUCUACUGGGGUUGUUGUACAUUGUUUGUUUUUGUUUUUUCACUUCAAAUGAAUACUUGUAAAAAGAGUCAAUCAUUAAGACCAAAUUUCCACAAACAGGUUUGCUUUAUUUUGUAAGCAGUAUGUAUAUUAUUAUACUUGGUCACUGUCAGUUCUGUCUGAAAUAAAAUGCAGUUGUCUGUGUUUGUGAUGCAAAGUUUGAUCAAGAACAAACAUGGAAAUCAAAGCACUUCGGAGGGGGUGCACAUGGGUGUUUCUGUGGUAACACAAUCUAAUGCACUGUCUCUCUGGAGUGACAGUUGAACUUCUCCAGUUUAUUAGUGACAGUUGAACUACUCUGACAGUUAGGUGUCAAUCACCAGGGGCAUUCGUGGGCACCGUUCCUGAUUGGAGAGAAACUGUGAAACUUUGCUGCAUAUGGGUUUUUUUUGCCUCUGAAAACAGGGUCCAGGGUACAAAAAAAAAAUACUUCCAGCUUCCAUAGCAACAAAGAUAAUUUUGAUUGAGGCGUCCACGCCAAGGUCCAGAGGGAUGAUACAUUCUGAUGGCAUUGCUCCGACAGGUCGAUAGGAGUUUGGACAACGUUUGAGACGCCACUUAAGAACAUUACAUGUUUAGAGUCUCUGUCCGCCUGCCUCUCUUUCUCUUUCUUCUGUAAGGCACUACCUGUGAUGUGAUGUUGAUAUUCAUUGCGUCAGUGGUAUAUAACGAUUUCCUAAUUAUUUUUGUGAAUUUGUAUAAAAAGGUGAAUAAACAUGAAAUGAAAUGA